UAUUGUCCUCUGCUAGAAGAACACUGAGCAUGUGGCAGCCCUACAUUCCUCAUUGUGUGUCCAAGCUCUCCCAUUGGCUCCAAACUGUGAGAACCUCCAACAAGCCCAAGACCCACACAUUCAUAUGGAGAUUUGGGAGUAUAAAUAGAGGAGCUGCAGCCAGUACAAAUCAGACCCACUCUACACAGAGAGAUCUACAGCACAGAGACACAGCCAUGGCACCAACCAUCACUUCAGCACUGAACAUCUCAAACGAGCACCUACCUCUGAACAACAAGCUGAGGAAGCCGAUGGUGGAGAAGAUGCGCAGAGAUCGUAUCAACAGCAGCAUUGAGCAGCUGAAGUCUCUCCUGGCUCCAGAGUUCCUCAACCAGCAGCCUGACUCCAAACUGGAGAAAGCAGAUAUCCUGGAGAUGACAGUCAGCUUCCUGAGACAAAAGCAGCAGCAGCAGCAGCCUGCAUUCUCCUCCAGCUCAACAGCUGUCAAUCAAGGCUUCUCCAGAUGUGUCCAUGACAUUGUUCACUUCCUGUCUAAAGAAGAGGUGAAGACACAGAGCCAGAGAAAACUGCUGAACCACUUCCAGAAUCUGCAGCCAUCUUCAGACGAGAACAGGAGGGAAAGUGUUGUGGUUCAGCUGAGCUCUACAGAGCAGCAGAUCAUCAGCAAAGAGAAGAGUUCAGUUAAGAGCUCCCUCUGGAGGCCCUGGUAGUCCUCUAGGACAGAACCUGUCUCUGUUAACCACUGUUGACCACAUUGGUCUGCUAAUGUGAGAGUAAUACCUAUGUAUUUUUUCUGUUGGGUAAAAUUUACUCUUGUCCACCAUCUUACUUGAAUAAUAUUGUGUUAUGUCACAUGAUUUCCUCUGCAUCUACAAGACAUGAGAGACUUAUUUUUUCAAUGCAUUUAUUUUUAAUGCUAUUGUAUACUAAAAAAAUAUUCAUUUCUAAUGUUUGGAAUGAUGUAAAGUCAGUCAUUAAAGUCUGACAUCCAUUUCCUAUAUCUGGUACAGGUACAGGUACAGAAGAUUUGCCUUUUAUAAAGGCUUUAAUAUUCUAAAUCAUAUCAAGGACUUUAAUUAACCUAUAAAUAUCAGAAGCCUGAACUUCAUAGUGAAUAUUGAUCCUUUCUGGAUGGCCUAUUUUCUUUUCUGAAUAUUUCCUUCUGUGAAGGUAAAAGAUUUUAAAAAAUAUUAAUUGAAUGUACUUGACUCAUGUCAUGGCGAAAUAAA